GAGAUACAAAACUCGUCCUGAUGGACAACAGCAGGCUAAUGUGUUACUUUCCAAGCGCAUGUAUCCCACAGAUUUCAACAAAACAAAAAAGUCUGUUUCAGAAAAGAUGGCAACAUCCUGUGUCUGUUGGGGGGCAGAAGAAAGGGGAGAGAAAGGAGCAACAGAAAAGGAUUCAGGGUUAAGAUUCCACUAUGUGGCUGCUGGAGAAAGGGGUAAACCACUCAUGUUGCUGCUUCAUGGCUUUCCAGAAUUCUGGUAUUCUUGGCGCCAUCAAUUGAGGGAAUUUAAAAGUGAAUAUCGAGUGGUGGCCCUGGAUUUGAGAGGCUAUGGAGAAACAGAUGCUCCUUCUCAGAAAGAAAAUUACAAGUUAGAUUGCCUGAUAACAGACAUAAAGGAUAUUUUGGAAUCUCUAGGAUACAACAAGUGUGUGUUGGUUGGCCAUGACUGGGGAGGAAUGAUCGCUUGGUUAGUGGCUAUAUGUUACCCUGAAAUGGUGACUAAACUGAUUGUGGUUAAUUUCCCUCAUCCUUCUGUGUUUACAGAAUACAUUCUACGACAUCCAUCACAAUUGAUUAAAUCUGGUUACUACUUCUUUUUCCAAAUGCCAUGGUUUCCUGAAUUCAUGUUUACACUAAAUGAUUUCAAGGUUCUGAAAAGUUUAUUUACCAGCCAGGCCACUGGAAUUGCAAGGAAAGGCUGCAGAUUAACAGCAGAGGAUAUUGAAGCUUAUCUCUAUGUCUUUUCACAACCUGGAGCAUUAACUGGACCCAUUAACCAUUACAGAAAUAUUUUCAGCUGCCUGCCUCUGCAGCACCAUGAAGUCAUCAUGCCAACCCUGCUCCUAUGGGGAGAAAGAGAUGCAUUUAUGGAAGUUGAGAUGGCAGAAAUUACACGGAUUUAUGUUAAAAAUCAUUUCAGAUUAACUAUUUUGUCCGAAGCCAGUCACUGGCUCCAGCAGGAUCAACCUGACAUAGUGAACAAGUUAAUAUGGACAUUUCUAAAGGAAGAGACAACAAGAAAAAGAGAAUGAUUGUUUGUACAUGUCUUAAGGGGUCUACAUAAAAACUCUGCAGAUUUAAAAACUAAUUGUUAUCAGGGCCGUAUUUCCAGCCUGCCUUCUAUUUUGAGCUCUGUUAAAGUGUUUUCAAUGUACUGUAUAUUUGGACACUGAUGUUACUGAUAAAAGAAGAAAUGAGUAUGAGAAUAUGUGAUCCAACAUUGGUUUUACCUGUAUACUUGUAUUUUGCACAUAAAAACACCUGCCUUAAGAUAUAUACGUAUUUGUACAGAAAGAAAAUCACGGAAAGUUGCUUGGUUUUGUUUUCUCCCUUGCUUUACAGUUUUAAUGUGUGGUGCCUUUUACAAAUUUAUAAUGAAACAAUAGAGCGGUGCCAUACUGAAGGAAUUCCUGAGUUUUCAUUCUAGAUUUGCCUGAAUUUUUUUAAUGUAUUUUACCAUUAAACAGUAACUAGCUCUUUUUAUUAAUAUCUAUUUUAGUGCACUGAAUGAUUGAAAAACUUCUGGGCACAUUUCUAGUCUUCAUGUGGGUAAUGAUACGUAUCUUGUUGUACUGUUGAAUGCAGUUGCUUUGUGCAAUGUGUAUUUCUUUCUUGACUAAAAAAUGGGAAACCUGUACGCUCAAGAUGUCUGAAUAAGAAGAAUGGAAAAUUAAGAUAUAACAUGUAUGUAAUCCACCUCUGUCUAAUAAAAUGCAACUUACACU